AUUUGGGUGCCUACGUAGGAGGGAACCAAGUACAUGUCCCAGUCAUUUCCAUAAUUCAUCAUAAAUUGUGCAAGGGUGCUAUAGACGCACAAAACGACCAAGAGCCACAAAUCAAGCACACAUAUCAAAAAACAAAUGAGCUCUUAUUUUGUAAACUCAUUUUGCGGUCGCUAUCCAAAUGGCCCGGACUACCAGUUACAUAAUUAUGGAGAUCACAGCUCGGUGAGCGAGCAAUACAGGGACUCCGCCAGCAUGCACUCCGGCAGGUACGGAUACGGCUACAAUGGCAUGGACCUCAGCGUCGGGCGCUCUGCUUCCACCCACUUUGGUGCCAAUGAGAGACCCCGCAGUUACCCGGCCAACACCACCUCUGCCUCGACAGAGCCCAGGUACAACCAGCCCGCGACGUCUUCCCACUCGCCUCCCCCUGACCCUCUGCCCUGCACCGCCGUGGCCGGUUCGCCUGUCAGCGAGAGUCACCACGGGGUGAAAAACUCCCUCGCCAACUCCACCAGCACUUCGUCCAAUUCCAGCAGCAACACGCACAUCAGCAGAGACGGGGUUGGCACCUCGUCUGGGACUGAGGAAGACACUCCAGCAAGCAGCGAGCAGGCAAGUGCCCCGACCGACCAAAGCACAGCCCAGCCUUCACAGCCCCAGAUCUACCCCUGGAUGCGAAAACUGCACAUAAGUCAUGACAACAUAGGGGGACCAGAAGGGAAAAGGGCUCGGACUGCUUACACCCGCUAUCAGACCUUGGAGCUGGAAAAGGAAUUUCACUUCAAUAGAUACCUGACCCGCAGAAGAAGGAUUGAAAUAGCACAUGCUCUUUGCCUCUCAGAGAGACAAAUAAAGAUCUGGUUCCAAAACAGGAGAAUGAAAUGGAAAAAGGAUAAUAAGCUGAAAAGUAUGAGCAUGGCAGCUGCAGGAGGGGCAUUCCGUCCCUAAGCGUUUGAUCAAUUAAAAGUACUGAGCAGUAUUAGCUGACCCUGCGUCUCAUGUCAGUACUAAGUUGACUUUCUAAAACUUCCUUGUGUUACUUCUGUGAAGAAACCCUGUUCUUGUCGCCCUUAUUCAUCUUUUAAUCAUGAGCCUGUUUAUUACCAUUCUCUCGCGUGUAUAAGUAGAUCUGCUUUUAUCGUACAUUUCUUUGUCUUGGAUGGCUUUGUCUUGAAAAAAAUAAUAGAUGUUUUAACUUAUUUAUAUGAAGCGAGCUGUGUUACUUGAAGUAACUGUUAAAACAAAACUAAACAAAAAAGAACAAAAAAAGGAAGGUUAAAAAAAAAUAGGAGAGAGAGAAGGAAACCCUCCCCCGGUUUAGUACAAAUGUUAUGUGUUGCACUCAACCUGCUUAACUGUGCAUGUGUGGUCAAGUGUUAAUGUCUGUAUAGCUCCAAGCUGUUAAAAAUAUUUUUAUUCAAACUACCUAUAUAAUUCCUGUGUAAUUAAUGCUGUUGUAGAGGUGAAAUGAUGAAAUCAACUGAACUUGUCCUACGUGUAGUGAAUAGUGAAUCUGUGACGAAAACUGUGAUUCCAAGCAGUAUGUCCUUGCUGUGCCUUUGUAUAUGACUCUUUGCACGAACUCUUAGAAGUGGCUCUUAUUAAGCGCAGCUUCUGUGAUGUAUGUUUUUUGUGAACAAAGUUACAAAUAUAGUCAAAGUCUGGCUGUUUGAGCAAACUGUGAUCAGCUUUUUUUUUUUUUUGUAUUUGUUUUUAAAAAAACCUGACUGGAAACCAACAAAAAAAAAUAAACUUUCUAUUGUAAAGCU